AUGACUAGUACAUUACCACCCAUUGUGCAAGCAUUCUCGGGCGCCAUUGGAAGCGCAACAGCGAAUGCCAUUUCAUACCCACUGGACUUGGUGACAACUCGACUGCAGACGACGAAAUCCAAGAAUUUGCAUGGAAUCAGAGGUGCGAUCACGAUCCUCAGGUAUACAGUAAAGAAGUACGGUGUCAUUGCUUUAUACGAUGGGUUGAAUUCCGACAGUGCAUCCACUGUUCUGUCAAAUUUCUUAUAUUUCUAUAUGUACUCUUUUCUCCGGUCUCUUCUCAUACGCCGCUCGUCAAAUCGUUCAUCUUCGAAAACACCUAUUUUAUCCGUCCCACGAGAGCUCAGCAUCGGCUUUAUAGCAGGCGUGGCAAGUCGCUUCAUUUCUAGCCCUCUAAGUAUCAUAACUGUCAGACUGCAAACGGAACGGGAAGGGAGUGACGACGAGCUCCGGGAAGCGGAAGAUGGCGAAGGAGAGAAAAUCAACAACGGCACCACAGCAGACAAGGGUCUGUAUGGAACAGCCAAGUCUAUCUAUGCAGAGGAGACCUUGGCUGGCUUUUGGAAAGGAUUCGAAUCGACAAUACUCCUCUCGCUCAACCCAUCUCUUACAUUCUCGUUCUUUCAACUGUAUCGUCAGUUCAUACUCCGAGGUAAACGUAAACAAAUGCCUUCGCCCCUACAAGCUUUCCUCGGUGCCGCCUUCGCGAAUUCUUUAGCCGUAACCAUCCUCUACCCACUGAUCAUCGCCAAAACCCGCCUUCAACUCGCGAAUUCCGAAUCGUCAGGCAAUUCGCGCCUCUCGAUCCGAAGUGUUCUUCAUGAUGCAUAUACCCAGCGAAGUGGGUUCCCUGGUGGAUUAUACCAAGGCCUAGACGCACAGGUUAUAAAGGGGUUUUUGAGUCAGGGCAUCACACUAAUGGUGAAACAACGCAUCGAGCAGGUCGUGGUUGCUGCUGCGCUAUCGUUUCAACGACCACGGUGA